GAGAAGAAGAAGAUCUCAGUGAGGAAUAUUCUGGAUUAAGAUUCACACUUGAGGAUGUUUUGAAAUGCAAUAUUUCUUGUAAAACUAAAAACUAGAAAUGGCUCUAGUGGAUGCUGAAGAAACCUACAUAGAACUUAUCUUUAAGUUUUUUCAAGACAACAAUGAAACAGAUAAUGUAGAUUUCACUAGACCUCAUGUUCGACCGUCACUUCGGUAUGUAUAUCCCAUGUUUAUGUUCCUUCAUGCGUUAAUUGGCAUUGCUGGAUUUGUUGGAAAUGUUGGAAUUUUGUUUAUCAUUGGAAAACACCGUCUAUACCGCGACCAAACACAUUUCUUUUUGGGCAACAUAGCAUUUGCUGACAUUAUUAAAUGUGUUGUUGUACUACCAAUAACACUUGCAAAUCUGCUCAUUCACAAUUGGAUUUUUGGAAGUUUCCUUUGUUUCUUUCUGCCUAUGAUUCAAUGCUUUCCAAUACACGCUUCCAUGUUGACAUAUCUUAUGAUUGCCAUUGACAGAUAUCGCUUUAUUGUUACACCAUUUAAGACGAGAGCACCUGCUGGACUAUGUAUCAUAGGGGUCUGGGUUGCAGCUGUAUGCGUCGUUUUGCCUUAUGCGGUUUAUAUAAAAUUUAUAGAUCUUGGUGCUAUUUUAGGAUAUCGUUUUGAAGGAGUUGGAAUCUGUUACGUUAACCAAGAGCGACAUAUUGAAGAGUACAUCCGAGCCAUGUUUGUUACAUUGUAUGCUAUGCCUUUAGCUGUUAUUGGGUUUCUUUGCGUCAAGGUUUCUGCAGAACUAAAAAUGUUAGAAACUCGUCCAAUGUACAGCGUCCAUUAUUCCUCUAAUACAAAUUCAUCUCAAGUAACUUGGCCGGAACAAAAUGGUAAUGUGAAGAAUGAUUCAUCAACAGCAAGUAAUGAAUAUAAACCUAAACACACAUAUCAAGGAAACAAUAAUCAAGACACCGAUGAUGAUAUAGAUGUUGACAAAGAAAAGAGAACUCAGAACUAUAUAAUAACCAUGGUAACGUUAUUUGCCAUGUGCUGGUGUCCUCUCAAUAUUCUUAUCCUCGUGCAGUAUUUCGUUCACGAGAAUGGGGACAACACCGGUCAUUUUGAUAUAACAUAUAUAACCUUUACGUGGUUUGGAUUUCUGUCAACAUGUACAAAUCCCGUAUUGUUUGCAUCAUGUCACAUGUCAGAUUCUACCAAAGAUCGAUUAAAAGGCUAUUUCCGUUUUAGUACAAAAGGGAAACAAAAGCCACCAAGACGUGGAAAACAGGAUCCAAGAGAAAGUUUCGAAUUUGAACACCGCGUGGAAGGUCAACGUGUUGAUAGUGUGUGAUAAUAGUCAAAUACAGGACGGGUUGGAAAAUUUAAUUUGUAUUCUUUGUAUUAAGUUAGUGAAUUGUUAUCUGCAUGCGAACCACUGAUUUAUUUCAGAAAAAAAAACAAAUCGAUUGUCUGUUAUCAAAAGUACUGGUUAAGGUGAAUGAUGUUAAAUGGAUAAACGGUUUCUAUAUUUGACAUUAAUUU